AUGUCCCCAUGCUUUUUCCUCCUGCCCUGGCUGUGGGUCAUCAACUACAUCAUCUUCCGCCAGCAUCUGAAGGAUCCGGCCUGCUCGCCGGUGAUCAAGCGCUACAUCAACUACUCCCUGACCGGGGCCGUCCUGCUGACGCUGCCGUUCUUCGUGUGGUUCAUCCUCUUCCAGACCCAGUGGCAGACGUGGGGCACAUUCGGCGAGAAGAUCGCCAUUGUCAUCCCGCGCGGGCACUGA